AUGGAAGAGGAGGUCCAGACGCUACAAGCAGACAUGCAGAAAGUUGGGUUUGAGCUUCCACCUGGGGCCUACGCGGUGUGUGGCGGAUCCGUGCGACAUCUCUUCGACCCCAACGCGGAUGAGAAACAAAUUCUAGGUGCCGUACGAGGGCUCACCCAAGCGGACAUGGUGAAUUUGCUGGCUCUGGAUGUGAGCUUAGACGACGUGCAGCAGAAGAACCGCACCGGGCUUCUGUCGUUCUUUCCCCGAACAGGUGCCAACGCAGACGAUGGGAGCUUCGCGCAGGGUGUCAGCGCAGCACGGCCGAUGCCCCGCGCCGCCGGCACUGCCUUCGAGCUCCUGGUCCACCUGUUCUGGCGGGAGGCUGCCGCUAAUAAACAGGAAGUCGAGCUUUCACUUACUGCUGAGGGCAAGACUAAGAGUGAAGAAGUGAAAGUGGAUUGUACAGAGUUCCAGGACAAGCAAAGUAUCGAAGAGCAUGACAAGAAGGACGUCGUGGUCAGGGAUGACCUUGUGGGCUACUUCACACCAGUCGACCCGCGAUAUCCUGUGCUCGACAGCAUUCUCAGGUACAAGUCUGCCGACAAGACCGAGGCGCUGGCCAUCCAGAUCAGCAUUGCCUUGACUCACCUGCAUGGCGAGCUCAAGCCCCUGCCGAAGUUGUUGCUUCCGCCAGGAAGUGGUAGGCCGCGGUUGGCUUUGUGGGACUUUCGCAAGGGAAACAAAUCCUGCGACUGGACGCCCAACAAAUCUGAGCACUGGGAGCUGCUGCACGUUAGCUGCAAGGCCUUUGACGAGCGUAUGCUUGGCCGCUUGUAA